AACCGCACUACCGGUAAAAACUGUGCGUGUGAUAGCUGGCUUUGUACGAACGAUAGAUAUCGAAAAAUCUUGCGCUAGAAUAACUUUUUCAUUUUAAAUAAGAGAACGUUGAUAUUAAAGAGGAAAUAACACAAAAUCAUGACUGGAAAGCUUCCUGCUCUUACCAAGCCUGCCCCAGACUUCAGAGGGACAGCUAUAGUAGAUGGUGAAUUCAAGGAAAUCAAGCUUUCAGACUACAAAGGAAAAUAUCUAGUUUUAUUCUUCUACCCACUAGACUUUACCUUUGUGUGUCCCACUGAGAUCAUAUCAUUUAGUGACAGAGUGGAGGAGUUUAAGAAUAUUGGAUGUGAAGUUGUAGCUUGCUCUACAGACAGCCACUUUAGUCAUCUAGCCUGGGUGAACACUCCAAGAAAGGAAGGUGGCUUAGGAAAUAUGAAAAUACCUUUGUUGGCAGAUAAGAACUUGGAUAUUGCUAGAGCUUAUGGUGUCUUGAAAGAGGAUGAAGGUAUAGCAUUCAGAGGGCUUUUCAUAAUUGAUGAGCAUCAGAAAUUGAGACAGAUAACUGUCAACGACCUUCCUGUUGGCCGAUCAGUGGAUGAAACUUUACGUUUGGUACAGGCAUUCCAGUUCACUGACAAACAUGGAGAAGUGUGUCCUGCUGGCUGGAAACCUGGAGAUGAUACCAUGAAACCAAACCCUGUGGGGAGUAAGGAAUACUUUUCCAAACAAUGAAUCAUUACAAGAAAAACCAAAGGAAAUAAGAAAGUUCUGCAUUCCUGAAAAAGUGACUAAUUCUAUUACUUGCUACUGGGGGAUGAGCUAAGUACUUAAAUUCAUGUAAAGACAUACAAAAAUCUCAAUGCAAACAUAUUUUUUGUCCUUCUUUCUGAUAUAAAAUGGCAUCAUGUAUGUAAUGAUCUGAGAGAUCAUGUAGUAGUAUGUUCAACAAUAAAGCUUGUAUGCUAAAUUUAAUGAACA